AUGGCCGUUAAAGGUGUUGGUGAAUUGGAUAGACAAUACAACGGUGCUGAUCUAAGAGUUGGUAUCGUUCAUGCACGUUGGAAUGCCCAAAUCAUUGAAGCUCUAGUAAAUGGUUCUAUCAAGAAAUUACAAUCUAUGGGUGUUCAAGACAAGAACAUAGUUAUUGAGAGUGUUCCUGGUUCGUUUGAAGUACCAUGGGGUUCAAAAAGACUUAUUGAUCGCCAAAAGGCUCGUGGUGAGCCCUUAGAUGUAAUAAUUUCAGUUGGGACCUUGAUCAAAGGUAGUACCAUGCAUUUUGAAUACAUCGCUGAUGCAACUACUAAGGCUCUAAUGAAUUUACAAGAAAAAGUAGAUAUUCCAGUUAUUUUUGGUCUUUUAACAUGCUUGUCUGAAGAACAGGCCAUGGCAAGAGCUGGUAUUGAUCCAGGUCAUACCAUGCACAACCACGGUGAAGACUGGGGUGCUGCUGCUGUGGAAAUGGCAGCUAAAUUUGGUCCUAAUGCCUUUUAA